AUGCAUACCAUGAAACAUACAUGCCUGCAUACAUCAUACAUGCAGCUGAAGACGUUACUAACCAUUACAUAUGUGCAUGCCUUGCCAGCAGAUGCUUUGAGAUUCAACUCCUUUGGAGCUGACGAAGAGGAGUUUGAGAAGUACCAGUCUUCACAGUCGCACCUGGAAUACUUGCAGAAGAGCUUAGGGCCUCUAAACAAUGAAGAUGACAAGUUCGUCUUCAUUGUCGAGGGCAAGGACAGUCCUGUGCUCUUAGCUGGCGGUGUGGUCUUUGGCAGUCUUGAAAACAUCGUGCACGACACCGACAAGGUGUCCGUCUUCAUUAUGCACAGGGCGAACAACAGCAAGAAGACCUCCAUGGUAUUGCCCAGUGGUACCAUUAAGGUUGGCAAGGAGCUAAAGAAGCACACGGUCGUAGAGCUUCCAGUGCAGAGCCUACUUGGCAGAUUCAACAAGCAGCAGGUCAAGGAGUGGGCUUUCUCCCAUGGCUGCACAAAUGUUCUAUGGAAUGACUCCAUGGUCCAGUACAAGGGCAAGCUGGCGUUGGUUGCUUAG